AUGCCGGCCCGGUACAUGCACUCCCGGACGCACUUCUUCGAUGACUACGACCCCAUCGCGAUCCUCAAGCCCGCCGACCUGAAGAAGAAGAGCUUCACGGGGACCAAGGUGACCUUCACCGUGGGGCCGGCAUGUCAAGAUGUCGCCAAGAUGACGGAGCUGCUGCUCGCGGGUGCCACGUCCGCGCGCAUCGAUCUCACGUGGGGCCCCGUGGAGUUUCAUGACAAGUCGCUGCGCAACCUGAUGACGGCCAUGAAGGACGCGCGGCGGCUGUGCUCAGUGGUGCUGGACACCCUGGGCCGCGAGAUCUUCGUAAAGCGGCCGUUCAAGAUCGACGACGCGGGCUGGCCGUACCACGACCACCCCAUCACCGUCCGCACGGGGCAGAAGAUCACGCUCACAUCGAAAGAGGUGCCGUGCACGGAUACAGUCUUCCCCUUGAACUACAAGGCCUUUCCACUGGAGUGCCAGGUUGGUGACCUGGUAAACGUGUCUCGGUAUUUGACGACUGGGGCAGAGGAGGGUGCACUCUUUUUCAAGGUCGUUGAGGUGACGGACACCGACGUGGUCUGCGAGGCCCUGACUGAUGCCGUGCUGGAUGGCCUGCUGACUGUCUUCCACAUCGAGCGCAAUGAGAUCGGCCCCAUCUCCAACAAGCUUACCACCAUGGAAGUCCUGUCCGAGUCAGACAUGGCUGCCAUCAAGCACCUGGGCUCGAAGUUCGACAUCGACUAUGUGGCUGUUUCAUACACGCGGGACAAGGAUGACAUGGACACGGUUCGGAAGUUUCUGGAUGGGGUUGGGAUGACGAACACACGCAUUAUGGCCAAGGUGGAGACCAAAGUCGCAUUGAUGAGCUUCAAGGGCACGCUGAAUAAGGCAGAUGCCAUCAUGAUGAGCCGAGGCAUCCUGGGCAUGGACUGCCCUGCGGAGAAGAUGGCACUCAUCCAAAAGAACCUCAUCUCAUGGUGCAAUCUGCUGGGCAAGCCGGUUAUUGUAACACGGGUGGUGGACACCAUGGUUUCAACACCCAGGCCGACCCGAGCAGAGGCAACUGACAUCGCCAAUGCUGUUUUGGAUGGUGUCGAUGGUUUCCUGCUGGGGGCAGAAACUCUCCGUGGCAACUAUGCUGUUGAGACUGUCAAGACAGUCCUGUCGAUCUCCAAUCAAGCGGAGCAGUCUUUUGACCAUGUUCAGCACUUCGACUACCUCAUGCAG